CGGGGUGUCAUAGGUCAAAGUUUAAGCAUUUUAUUAGUGCGACAGGUUGGACCGAGUAGCCGUCAGCGGAUAGUUACCAGUUGUCAGCUCAGUGCACCAUUUCCCAACAUUAUGGCAGAUCUGAAGAAACUGAUUGAGGAACACAACGAGAAGUUUAUGGCCUGCUUCAAGGCUAACGAUAUGAAGGGUCUGGCUAACCUGUACACGGAGGACUGCAAGAUCAUGCCGACAGGAUCGGACACUCUGUUUGGCCGAGAGGGUCCAGAGAAUGUAUUUAAGGGUGCUUGGGAGGGCGGUGUGAGGGAAGUAGAGUUGAAAGUAGAGGAAGUUGGGCCGAUGGGCAGUGACGUCAUCUAUGAGCGAAGCACCUACACUAUGAAGACAGAGGACGGUAGUGUGGCUGACGUCGGCAAGUACGUUGUGAUUUGGAAGAAAGUUGAUGGAGACUGGUUCCUCUACAUCGACAUCUUCAACACAAACAAAGCCUGAAGGUCUGCAUUAACAACAGAAGAAGAAGACUAGAAAGAUAGUCACGGAAAAUAGGUCAAAAAUAUCUAACCGGAAAUCUUAUACGCCAGAGUUGCGUUGCGCAACGAUCUGAGUGUCACUUAAAAUCCUUGAAAACCUUUGCCCAAUCUGGAGACAUUUUGUUAGUUAGAAAGGACAGGUAGCGCCUAAGCUUUCCUGUUUUGGUCAAAAUCUGUACAGUUCAGUAAUACGCUUUAGUUGUUAGGUGCUACUGGUUGUAUCAGGAGGGAACUGGGGUCAAAGGUGAGGUUUCUUUCAUAGAUCGAGCUUUUCUCGGAGAAUGACCUGAACAACCCCCUGUUUCUUUUAAUGGUUAUAAACUAGACCCAAGUGACGUUCUGUUGGAAAAGAAUUUUUAAGAUUGAAAUAUGGGUUAGUACUUUCUUAAGCCUUCAUUCAGUGUUUUUUAACAUGCUUUCCUAUAGACAGCCCUAACUCCGAUGUCUGCCCUUCAGAAUGGCACGGCAGCUUUUGACGUUUUGUCAACGAGCCAAGUAUCAUCAGUCUUGCAGACCUUCAAAUGAUAUUGAUAGAGAUUUUGCCACAAUAAAUAUCGGUAUGCCAACAAAA